CAUGUUAAAGCUGCUAAUAUCAAGGUUACUCGGGAGUGAGCGCUUUCUCAACACCGUCUUGGAAGGUGGGUCACUAUUCGGGCAGAGAGCAGAGGGCAGUGGAAUUUAUUCUGAGUAGAGAUGGUUAUGCAAAAUGCAAUGAGGAAGAGGAAGCCGAUAGGGAAGUUUGUGAGACAGAAGAGAAAAGCACAGCUUGGCUAGCAGUGAGCCUGUCUAAAGCACUGGAGAAGCCCAAGCUAUUAUCAAGGCCCUCAAGAAUAUCAUCUCUACUACUAAUUACAAUCUCUGCAGACAUGGGCUUUGCCUACAGUACUCCCUGGCUAUUCUGGCUAGCCCCAUCAUGGGUUGCCUGGAUCCAGGAAGUAGCUUGACCCCAGUGACAAGAUAUGGAACUCACUUUACAAAAACAUAUUUUCUUUCUGGCCAGGGUCUUCCAUUUCAGCAUGAUGAUACUGCCCAAAAAAAUGAGGCCACUGCUAUUUCUGAUUUCCCAGAUGGCCAUCUUUGCUCUCUUCUUCCAUCUGUAUGGCCACAACUUCAACUCCCUGUCCACGAAGGAGGAGCCCAAGCCCAUGCAUGUGCUGGUCCUGUCUUCCUGGCGCUCUGGUUCUUCUUUUGUGGGACAGAUUUUUGGGCAGCACCCGGAUGUCUUCUACCUGAUGGAGCCCGCAUGGCACAUCUGGAUGACCUUCACACACAGCACUGCCUGGAGGCUGCAUAUGGCAGUGAGGGAUCUGAUCCGUGCCAUUUUUCUGUGUGACAUGAGUGUCUUUGAUGCCUACAUGAAACCCAGUCCUCGAAGACAGUCCAGCCUCUUCCAGUGGGACAAGAGCCGGGCCCUGUGUUCCCCACCUGCCUGCAACAUCUUCUCCCGGGAUAUGAUCAUAUCCCAGGCUCACUGCAAGCUUCUCUGCAGUCAAGAGCCCUUUGAGGUGGUAGAGAAGGCCUGUCGUUCCUACAGCCACGUGGUGCUCAAGGAGGUGCGCUUCUUCAACCUGCAGGUGCUCUACCCACUGCUGAGAGACCCUUCCCUCAAUCUGCAUAUUGUGCACCUGGUACGGGAUCCCCGGGCGGUGUUCCGUUCUCGAGAACACACCACAGGGGAACUCAUGAUUGACAGCCGCAUUGUGAUGGGGCAGCAUUGGGAGAAAGUCAAGGAGGAGGAUCAACCUUACUACGUGAUGCAGGUCAUCUGCCAAAGCCAGCUAGAGAUCUAUAAGGCUGUGCAGUCCUUGCCCAAAGCCCUGAGGCAACGCUACAUGCUUGUUCGCUAUGAGGACCUGGUCCGGGAGCCCAUUGCCCAGACUGCCCAAAUGUAUAAAUAUGUGGGACUGAAAUUCUUGCCCCACCUCCAGACCUGGGUGUACAACAUCACUCGAGGCAAGGGCAUGGGUAAUCAUGCCUUCCACACUAAUGCCAGGAAUGCCCUCAACGUCUCCCAGGCCUGGCGCUGGACUUUGCCUUACGAAAAGGUUUCUCGACUUCAAAAAGUCUGCAAUGAUACCAUGACUUCGCUGGGCUACCACCUUGUCAGAUCUGAGCAAGAGCAGAAAAACCUGUCACUGGAUCUUCUGUUUACAUGGACUCCCUCCAAUUAAGUCCACCAAGAAGGUGGAAGAAGCUCUGUCCCCAACUGGCAUCAGCCUUAGCCCCAUUAACCAAAGGCUUCGAGUCUUAAUUACAUGCACACUGGUGUACAUGUGAGCAUGAGUUGUGCCCACACAUGCUCAAGCUGAGAAACUUCCGUGUCUGUACUCAUGCCUAGAUGAGAUUCAGCAGCAUAUUCCACCACUGAAAAAGGAGUAUUGCCUUUCUUCUCUUCUUGGCUUUCCUAUCCAGGUAUACCUCAAAGACUUUGUGGCCUGGGGUCCUAUUUAGCACCACGCAGUAUCAAUGGAGUAAAUCCAUAAACUUCUCUGUCCACACCUUGCCCUGUGGGAAAGGGAGGAGACAGGAAAACCAGGGAAAUGGGUCUUCCACCAAAGAACCCACAAGCACAUUCCACAGGGAUAUGAACUCUGAGACGAUGGAACUCCUGAUGGAUUCAAAAAGGGAACAGAGAACAGGAUUGGAUGCUUACGGUGAGCUUGUCUGUCACAGCUAUCAGUUAUCACAAAUACAAAAUAAGAUCUCUGCAUGACAUAGCAAGCUCUUAAAUUCAUGGGGGUGGCUGGGCCUGAUGCGGACAUCAUUUUCCCUCAGUGUUUUCCUAUCACAUAGAUUUUGACUUGCGAAGCUGCCAUCCAUUAACACUAAAAUUCCAAAUAGGAUUCUGUUAGGAGUUUCCCAAGUUAUGCUUUCUAAUUACUUAGUAGUAAAUACUAAUUCUUAGAGGACCCUAACCUGAUAGCAUAAGCAUCUUUAUAGUUUUUUUAUACUUUUACUAUUAUGUGUUAUCCACACACACAAAAAAACCUGCUAAGACAAUAUUUGGUGUUAGUCUAAACUGAUCAAUACUGACCAUCAUACUGUGCUCUUAAGAAUCUGUAGAAAGGGCGCCUGGGUGGCUCAGUUGGUUAGGCGACUGCCUUCGGCUCAGGUCAUGAUCCUGGAGUCCCGGGAUCGAGUCCCGCAUCAGGCUCCCUGCUCGGCGGGGAGUCUGCUUCUCCCUCUGACCCUCCCCCCUCUCAUGUGCUCUCUCUCUCUCAUUCUCUCUCUCAAAUAAAUAAAUAAAAUCUUUAAAAAAAAAAAGAAUCUGUAGAAAGUAGGCAACUAGCAACUAAGCCCUUUCUUUCUUGUGUGAGGUAUGAGUUGUGAUAAUAUUGUAUAUAUCACCCUAGGGUCUGGGCAAAGCGUUCUUUUAAUGUGAUCAUCGGCCAGAGGACCUCAGGUCUAGUACAACUGGCGCUGUUCAGCUUUUCCGGGUCACCUCUCCACAUGAUAGAGGUUGUUGCUCCCAGUCUUUGCAGCACUCCCCGGGUCUAGUGAUGCAUCCGAAUCUACUGUUAGAAAUUCAUUUUGGGGCGCCUGGGUGGCUCAGUUGGUUAAAGCGACUGCCUUCGGCUCAGGUCAUGAUCCUGGAGUCCCCGGAUCGAGUCCCACAUCGGGCUCCCUGCUCAGCAGGGAGUCUGCUUC